AUGGAGGAUAAUAUGCGAAUCCGUGGUCGGUCUAGACGGGAAGGGCAAGUCAUUACUCAUUUUCACCAUUAUCGUGUUGAGAUUUUUUGCGAGGUUAUUGAUUUAAUUGCGCAAGAAAUGCAAAACCAUUUCCCAGAAGCUAGUACUGAGUUACUUCUUCUCGUGUCAUGCCUUGAUCCAAGGGAUUCAUUUUCCAAAUUCAAUAUCCAUAAGCUACUUCGUCUUGUAGAACUUUAUCCCGAAGAUUUCACAAUAACUGAACGCAUGAUGCUUGAAGAUCAACUUACCACUUUCAUUUAUGAUGUGCGGCAUUAUGAAGAUUUUAUGAAUGUCGGGGACUUGGGUAGCUUGGCUAGAAAGAUGGUUGAGACAGGUAAACAUGCAAUUUUUCCACUCAUUUAUAGCCUAAUUGAGUUGGCGCUUGUUUUACCAGUUGCAACAGCUAGUGUUGAGAGGGUGUUUUCAGCUAUGAAUGUUGUGAAAACUGACUUGCGCAACAAAAUGGGAGAUGAGUGGAUGAAUGAUAGCCUGGUUGUGUAUAUUGAGCGGGAGGUUUUUGCAACUAUUGACAAUGAAGUGAUUCUACAAAGGUUUCAAAAAAUGCAAACUCGACGGAUGCAACUACCUCCUCUUAGUGGCAUACCUCGCAUUUCUAGCACUGAAGCUGGGAUUGGUUCUAGUUCAAGCGUCCAUCGAUAG